AUGCCUUCAAAAAAAUAUAAAAUUAUAGAUUCACAUGUUCAUUUAUUUGCAAAACGAAACUUUAAACUAUUGAAAUUUGAUGAAGCCCACCCAUUGCAUUCAGAUUUUCGUCUAGAUGAAUACUUAAAAUAUUCAAUGAAUGAAGAGUUCCAAAUUGAUGGAUUGGUUUUUAUUGAGACUGACCCAAUUGCUGAUUUAUCAAAGGCACUUGAAGGGUGUGAAUACCCCAUUCAAGAAUAUCUUUAUGUAGCUAGAAAUAUUACUGGAAACUUACUACCAGACGAAGGGGAAACGUCAGAGUUAAAACAGAAUUUUAUUAAGGCAAUUGUACCAUGGGCUCCAAUGCCUUUGGGAAAGAGCCUGGUAAGUAGUUAUGUUGAAAUGUUAAAGAGUAGAUCUCUGACUGAUGAAUUUAAUUUGGUGAAAGGUUUCCGGUAUUUAGUUCAGGAUAAACUCCCAAAUACUAUGCUACAGAGAGAUUUUGUUGAAUCUUUAAAAUGGUUGGAUGAUAAUAAUUUCAUAUUUGACUGGGGUAUCGAUUUGAGAUGUGGUGGUUUAUGGCAAUUUGAAGAAACUAUUGAAGUUCUCAAGCAAGUUCCUAAUUUAAAAUAUGUUAUUAACCAUUUGACAAAGCCAAACUUGAGUAUUGACCCAACAAAGAUUGAAGAAAACGACGAGUUUCUUCAAUGGAAAAAUUAUAUGAAACAAAUCUUUGUCAAUUCUCCGAACUCUUAUAUGAAAUUAUCCGGAGGCUUUUCAGAGUUACCGUCUGAAAUAAUUGAAAAUAGGGAUAAAUGUGCUGAAUAUAUCUAUCCUUGGUUCAAAGUUUGUUUUGAUCUUUGGAAUGUCGAUAGAACAAUAUGGGCAAGUAAUUGGCCUGUUUGCACUCUUACUGCCGGUGAAGACUUGACAUCAAAGUGGUUUGAAGUUACCGAAAUGUUAUUUGAUAAAAUUGAAUUAAAUGAAGAAUCGAGGAAGAAAAUCUAUGGUACUAAUUAUUUAAAAGCGUAUAAUCUUAUAUAA